AUGACAGAUACGACAAAAUCUACCACUAAUAAUAAUGAAGUGAUAACAGAAGCGAUUAUAAAUGAGGAUUUACUGAAUUCAGAUGAAAUAUUACAAAAUGAUGAAUCAAAAUUAAAUCAUGAUAAAAUAGAUAAAAAUGGAGUAAAAUAUUCAAAAAAUUUAGAAAUCGGAGGGAAAAAAGUUUUAGUGGUAGAAAAUGAAGAUCAAGUAUUAAGUGGAAAAACGGCACCCGACUGUUGUAUCAUGGGAUCACCUAAACAUGUCGCAGCAUUAAAAGCCAAAAUAGAAGAAUUGAAAUUUAAUUCGGCUCGCUUAGAACAGGAACGUGCAGAAGCAUUAUCAAGAUCAGAAGGCGUAACUAAACAACUUGAUAAAUUAGUUGAAGAAUUAAAUGAAUUAGGCAAAGGGAGUGAGACUAGUGAUAAUUCAGAACGAACUAUUCAUGCAACAAUCCAUACAUUCGGAAAAUUACAAAAAUUGGAAAUUAUAGCUGACGAUGAUGAUGGUGAAGGAUUAACGAGAAAACCAAAAGUUAGACAAUAUUGGUAUAAAGGUGCCUUGCAUAGAGAGGCUGAUGAAAGAUCAGCUAGUUCUACGGAAUUAUUUUGGGAUUUGAUAUUUGUGGCCGUGGUUAGCAAUUUAGGAUAUAUGUUGACGUCUGACAUUUCUAUAAAUGAGGAUCUUAUUGAAAAGUUUCUUCUUCUAUGGGAAAUGAUACUUCUAAUUGCAAUGGGUACUCACGCGUCGGAUAUAUUUAAUUCGACAGCAGCCAUCUUUAUUUCGUCCUACGUACUUGCACGCAUAACAUAUGCGUUCUUGUAUGUAAUAUUUUCGAAUUGGAUUCCAAUGUUUCGAAUACAUUUUAUUACUACUGCAUGGGGAAUUGCUAUUCCUUCUGUCCUUUGGUUUACUGCGAUUUUUGUACCACAAGACAAAGUUAUUAUUAUAUUGUGGGCUGCUGUUUUAUUUGGUUUUGUGCCAAUAUAUUAUCGUUUCGGAACUAAGAAUCCGGCGAAUCACAUACAUACGAGGGAUUUUGAAAUUGCAGACGGACCAAUAUUGACAAUGGAUUCAACCAGAUCUUCUCCAAUUAAUCCACAUAAGGCAAUGAAAACAAAAGGAACAGAAUUCAGUUGGAAAUGGACUGAUAUGUUUUCAAUACUUAAAAUCACUGAAUAUAGAACUGCCUUGAAUAUUGAACAUUGGAGUGAAAGAUUAGGGUUAUUUGCGGUCGUUUGUUUGGGUGAAAGUAUUUUUAGCGUGAUUUAUACUAGCCUCAAUCAUUACCCUGAUGUUUUUCUUGCCAAGGCAAUUCUAGGUCUAGUAAUAGCUUAUGAUUUGCAUUGGAUAUAUUUUGAUGUCGAUGCGAGCAGACAAUAUCAGCAUGCAUUACGAAGGCAUGUUAUUACUGGUAUCUUAUUUGGAUUAGUUCAUGUCCCUCUUGACAUGUCUUUAAUUGCUUUUGGGAGUUCUCUUGGAAGAAUUGUAACACUUGCUGAUUUCCCCGAUGCCGCAGAUACUCCUAAGCCUAUUAAUUUAAGGAACGAAGAAAGUCUCGACGAAUUUUCAACUGCGCUUGCCGUAUUGUUCUGUUCCUCAUUAGCAAUUGCAAUGUAUUGUAUGGCUAUUAUCGGCACUUUACAUGAAAGUUUGGACGCUGUGGAUUGUACAAAACUUACAAAGACUACGCGUAUAUCACUACGAUUUAUUAUUGGCACAUUAUAUCUACUAUUACCACUUGCGCAUUUAAACUCUCUAAAUCUAUUAAUCACUAUAGCAAUCUCAUCCAUGUUCAUGGUAUUGGUAGAAACAUAUGGUAGGUUAAAGAGAAAUGCACCAUUAUUUAACAGCAAAUGUGAAGUAAAUGAUCGUGAAUAUGAAGAAGAGGAUAGUAAAAGAAGAUAUAUCCGUUGGAGAUGGGGUUCCGCAAAUUUAAAUAAACGUAGAUUUUCAGUCGGAUUCUUUAGACAAAAGAAGAUGGAUAAAAAUGAAAAGAUUGGAGAUAGUAAUAAUGAUGAUAAUGUAGUGUAG